AUGAGAUCAUUGCUUACUGCACACCAGAGAAACCAUACAAGGGAGUGGCCCUACAAAUGUGAAGAAUGUGGCAAAGGUUUUUAUCAAUCSUCACAACUUAAAACACACCAGAGAAGUCAUACUGGAGAGCGGCCCUACAAAUGUGAUGAAUGUGGCAAAGGUUUUAGUCAAAGAUCAAGUCUUACUCAACAUGAGAAAAUUCAUACUGGAGAGCGGCCCUAUACAUGUGAAGAAUGUGGCAAAAGAUUUUGUCAAAGAUCAAAGCUUGCUGAACACCAGAGAAUUCAUACUGGAGAGCGGCCCUACACAUGUGAAGAAUGUGGUAAAGGUUUUAGUCAAAGAUCAACCCUUACUCACCACCAAAGAGUUCAUACUGGAGAGAAGCCCUAUAAAUGUGAAGAAUGUGGCAAGGGUUUUAGUCAAAAAUCAAGCCUUACUCAACACCAGAGAAUYCAUACUGGAGAGCGACCCUACAAAUGUGAAGAAUGUGGCAAAGAUUUUAAAGAAAGAUCAUAUCUUAAGGAACACCAGCGAAGAAUUCAUACUGGAGAGAAGCCCUACAAAUGUAAAGAAUGUGCCAAAGAUUUUUGUCGAAAAUCAAGCCUUACUAGCCAUCAGAGAGUUCAUACUGGAGAGAAGCCUUACAAAUGUAAAGAAUGUAGCAAAGGUUUUGCUCAAACAUCACAACUUAAAGCACACCAGAGAAUUCAUACUGGAGAGAAGCCAUACAUUUGUAAAGAAUGUGGCAAAGCUUUCAGUCAAAGAGCUAAGCUUGCUGACCACCAGAGGAUUCAUACUGGAGAGUGGCCGUACACAUGUGAAGAAUGUGGCAAAAGUUUUAAUUACAUAUCAAUCUUUACUCAACACCAGAAAAGUCAUACUGGAGAUAGGCCCUAUAAAUGUGAAGAAUGUAGCAAAGCUUUUCGUCAUAGAUCAACCCUUGCCAAACACCAGAAAUUUCAUACUGGAGAGAAGCCCUAUAAAUGUGAAAAAUGUGGCAAAGGUUUUAACCAAAGGUCAUACCUUAUUAAUCAUCAGAGAAUUCAUACUGGACAGAAGCCAUACCAUUGUAAAUAGUGUCAAAGGUUUUGAUUGAAAAUCAUGCCUUACACUACAUCAGAAAAUCCAUACUGGAGGGAGC